GAGGCCCUGACCGACCAGGGAACCGACUGCCGGACCGGCCGUCUCAAGGGGGCCGGGCCUGCCAGCCUGUGCCAACCGUUCUCGAGCACCACAAUGGACUGGCGCUGCUCUCUGGGGCUCGCAUGCUUCCUGGCACUGUGGGUCUCAACCACCGGGCAAGAUGAAGCGGUGGACUAUCUGAUACAGUACGGAUACCUUCAGCCGCCCCUGGAGGAAACGGAUGGCCAGUUCGGAGAGGCUGAAAUGGCUGAGGCCUUGAGGUCCUUCCAGGAGGCGUCAGAGCUGCCGGUCACAGGAUGGCUGGACAGGGAGACGAAGACGAGGAUGGCGCAACCUCGCUGUGGCCUCCAGGACCCCUUCAAUCAGAAGAUCCUCAAGUACCUGCUGCUGGGUCGCUGGCGGAAGCGGAACUUGACCUUCCGGAUCCUGAACUUGACCCCGGACCUGCCGCCUCAGAUGGUCCGGGAUGCUCUCCACGCCGCCUUCGACUACUGGACCGCGGUGACUCCGCUCAGCUUCCGUGAGGUUCACGCUGGUCACGCCGACAUCCGCUUCUUCUUCCACCGCCGCAGAGUGGCCGGCUGCUCUCAUGCCUUCGACGGGCCCGGGAAAGUGCUGGCCCAUGCCGACAUCCCCGAGGCGGGCAGCGUGCACUUCGACGAGGACGAGAUGUGGACCGAGGGGACGUCGCGUGGGAUCAACCUCCGCAUCAUCGCGGCGCACGAGCUGGGCCACGCGCUCGGCCUGGGCCACUCCCGCUUCCCCAAGGCCCUCAUGGCACCCGUCUACUUGGGCUACCGGCCCGAUUUCCGCCUGCACCCUGAUGAUGUGGCGGGCAUCCAGGCCCUGUACGGGAAGAAGAGCCGGAGGAAAGAAGAGGAAGAGAUACAAGAGCUGGACUUAGAAACCAUCGAGCCCCCAUCUCCAAAGGUGCCCAGCCCCGUGCCCGACCCCUGCAAGGGCGAGCUGGAUGCCAUUCUGUUUGGGCCCCAUCUCAAGACCUACGCCUUCAAGGGCGACUACGUGUGGACCGUGACAGACUCGGGGCGCGGUCCCUUGCGGCGUGUGUCCACCCUGUGGCCCGGGCUUUCGGGAUCCUUGGACGCGGCCGUCUACUCCCCCCGCACGGGCCGGAUCUACUUCUUCAAAGGCGACCAGGUGUGGGUCUACAUUGGCUUCAAAUUGGAAGCCGGGUUCCCCCGGCGACUGGUCCACGUAGGGCCCAACCUGGAUGCUGCACUGUACUGGCCCCUCAACCAGAAGAUCUUCCUCUUCAAGGGCUCCGGCUACUGGCAGUGGGACGAGUUGGCCUGGAAUGAUUUCAGCCGCUACCCAAAGCCGAUGAGGGGCCUGUUCACGGGGGCGCCGGCCGGGCUGUCCGCGGCGGUCAGCUGGAAGAACGGCGGAAUCUACUUCUUCAAGGGCAGCAGCUACUGGCGGCUCAAUCGCCAGCUGCGGGCGGAGAAGGGGUACCCGCGGGACACCGCUCAUCACUGGAUGCACUGCCCGCCCCGAGGCGCCACCUUGGCACCGGACGACCUUCUCCCUACUGGCAUUGCCCUCCCCAAUGGGACCGACACUUCUUCUGGCACUGCCCUCCCCACCGGGACCGUCACCUCUUCUGGCACUGCCCUCCCCACCGGGACCGUCACCGCUUCUGGCACUGCCCUCCCCCCUGGGACCGUCACCGCUUCUGGCACUGCCCUCCCCACUGGGACUCUCACCCCUUCUGACACCGCCCUCCUGACUGGCACCGGCCCUCCCCCUUAACGUCUCCUCCCCACUGGCACUACCCUCCUCCCCCCCAGCACUAGACUCCGUCCCUCCGGUCCCUGGGAAGGAGCAGGCCCCCAGCCCACCUCCCUCACCCCUGCAGGCGGGGAAAACGACCCAGAUGGGACCCCCCCCUUCCGAGCGCUUCGUCCAGUGCUCUGCACCUAGUAAGCGCUCAAUAAAUACUAUCGAAUGAACGAAA